AUGCCCUUCUGAUCAAACAUUGACUGCUGCUUAAGCCCACACCAAAGUCAAGAAGAUCAAUCCGCAUCUCUCUCCCAAACACAGAGCCCUCGUCAGUCUUUCACAAACCUUGAGAGAAAUCUCGCAAAAUCAAUGGCUUCAUCACCUCCAAACCCUAACCCUAACCCCAUUGACUCCAGAGUCGCCAAAACAUCCCCAAUUUUCAUCAAUUCCGACACUUUUCCCUUGAUUCUCACACACGAGUCCUUGAUCCGACACUUCCAGACCAAUCUCCCGACACUGUCCUCCACAAUCACCACUCCUGUCCGCCAAAAUUACACCGUUUCACCACCUUCCUCACUUCUCCUCAUGCCCUCAUGGUCAUCUUCCUCUUCCCUCCCUUACAUGGGCGUCAAGCUCGUGACCCACUUCCCUCAAAACUCCUCCAUGAACUUACCAGGAAUCCACGCUUCUUACACCCUCUUCAGCUCCAUCACAGGCCAAACCUUGGCAUCGAUGGACGGUACCGUGCUGACCCUUUAUCGUACUUCAUCUAUAUCAGGCUUAGCUUCCAAGAUCUUGGCCAGGGAUGAUAGCCAGGUCCUGAUCAUGAUCGGCGCUGGUGCUUUGGCACCACACUUGAUCAAAUCACACUUAGCCGCUAAACCGGGCUUGAAAAGAGUGAUCAUAUGGAACAGAACUCCGCAAAAGGCGCGGGAUUUGGCUGAAACACUCAGUGGCGAUGAUCAACACAAGGAGAUAACAUUCGAGAGCAGCGAUUCAUUGGACGAGAUCAUUCCAAUUGGCGACAUCAUAAGCUGUGCGACAAACUCCACUGUUCCAUUGAUCAAAGGUAAGAAUCUGAAACCGGGAACUCAUCUAGAUUUGGUAGGAUCCUUUAGUCGCGAAAUGAGGGAAUGUGACGAUGCGGCGAUAAGGAGAGGGAGAGUGUUUGUGGAUAAUGAGGCGGCGAUGGAGGAAGCGGGAGAAUUAGUGGGAGCGUUUGAAAGGGGAGUGAUGAAGAAGGAAGAGGUUGGUGGAAAAUUGGUUGAAGUGAUGAAUGGGGAGAAGACAGGGAGAAAGAGUUCAACCGACAUAACUGUCUUUAAGUCCGUAGGUUCGGGAACUGUGGAUCUUCUCGCUGCUCAGCUUCUUUACGAGACUUAUGUCUCAAAGUAACUUCCAAGUUUUUUGAGAAGUGUUCACUUGGGGUUUUGAGGUAAUAAAUGAUAAUACCCUACAAAACUUUCUGUAAGUGCAUUAAGAAUAAUCAGAGUGUUUUUGCAAGGCAGGGGUGGGUGUUCGUUUCGGAUUUUUAUUGGGUGCGAGUUAUUCGGUUCGGUAAAUUAUAAACCGAGUAAAAAUUGAUUUGGUUUGGUUUAGUUCAACGUUUAUUUAUAUCUGAUUUUAUGGAUUU